AAAAUAAAAGUUAAUGCAGUAAAGUAGUCAUGAAACUAAAGACACGCAUUUGCAAAAGAAGUUCGCUAAAAAGUGCGGAAAGUGCACAAGAACGCAACACAGAACCCUCAAGUUAUCCUUUAAGUUGCGUAGACUGGAGCAGCAAUGAAGAAAUCUAUUUUGUGAGCGACGAUCAUCAGAUCUACAAAUGGAGCGAUGUGAGUCGCGAUUCCGUUGAGGUGGCCAAACUGCCGGAUGACUUUAUACCCACAGACUUGGACUGGCUGCUGCUCGGUGGUCGCAGCAGUGGCGGGGGCAAGGGCAGCGACACUCUGCUCAUUGCCAGCAACGAUGGACGCUUCAUCAUUCUCAAUAAAAGCGCACGCGUUGAACGCAGCAUUUCCGCCCACACGGCGGCAAUUAGUUCCGCUCGCUGGAGUCCAGAUGGCGCUGGCCUCUUGACCGCUGCCGAGGAUGGGGUCGUCAAGAUCUGGUCACGUUCUGGCAUGCUCCGUUCCACGGUCAUUCAGAGCGAUGAAGCCAUACGUUGUGCUCGCUGGGCGUCUAGUUCAACGGCAAUUGCUUUCAGUCAGGGUGGUCACAUUUCCAUCAAACCCCUGGCAGCCAACAGCAAGCUCAUAAGGUGGCGUGCCCACGAUGGCCUAGUGCUGUCACUCAGCUGGUCAGCUCAGUCGAAUAUCAUUGCCUCUGGUGGAGAGGAUUUUCGCUUCAAGAUCUGGGAUGCGCAGGGCGCCAAUCUCUUCAGUAGCGCAGCCGAGGAAUAUGCGAUAACGAGUGUGGCUUUCAAUCCAGAGAAAGACUAUCUGCUGGUGGGCACCUUUAACAUGCUCAAACUCUGUCACAGCACGGGCUGGUCUUAUAGCAGCGCUCGCUUCACGUCGCCUAGCGUCGGUUCGUUCUACACCUUGGCCUGGUCAGCGGAUGGCACACAGGUGGCAUGUGGCACGUCGACGGGUCAGUUGAUUGUCGGCUAUGCGGUGGAGCAGCAACUCAUCUCACGCAACUUGAAGGCGACGAGCAGCAGCCGCAAAUCGAUUGCGCUGCAGGACAUUGCCAAUGGCACCAACGAUGUCCUCGACUUUCCGCAGCGUGUCAUCAAUUUUGCUUUGGGUUAUGGUCAUCUGGUGGUCGCGACCACACAUCAGUUGCACAUCUACAAUGAAAAAUACGUCAACACGCCGAUUAUAAUUGAUGGCCGGAAUGAUGUGCGCGUUAUUGAAGUGGGCAAAAAGUACUUUAUGGUGCUGGAUGCCAGCUCCAUUUGGGUUUACACCUACACGGGUCGCCUGCAUUUGAAUCCACGCUAUCCCGGCUCACAAGCUCAGCUGCCGCUGCUCAAUUGGCGCUCGAUUUCUUUGGGUCUCGAUGUUCUCGCCAUUCGCGACAAUUCAGAGACAACUUUGCUUCAUUUGUUCGACUUGAUUCCGGGUGCCUCAAGACAAUAUGAGCCACAAUCGCUGAGAGCCAAGCAACAGCUGGCGGAGAUUGCUGCCUGUCGAGCUGGCAAUGCAGAUGAUCAAUUCAUUGCAUUCAUCGAUAAUAAUCGUGAGUUGUACAUCAGCGAGACGAAGAAUCAAAGUGCCAACAACUCAUCGAAUGGCAGCGCUGAGAUCUAUAAGAUUGGCACUCAACUAACGUCCAUCAAAUGGGCCAGCGAGACGAACAUUUUGGUCGGUGUUCACGACUCCUGCUACAGCAUUUGGUAUUGUCCUGGCGAAGGAGCCGCCGAUCCUACGAUUAUUGCCCUCACCACAAUUACACUGGACACUGCUGAAUUUGGCAAGCAUGUGGCCAUCGAGAGCUUUGAGGACGCUGUGAUUACGUUUCGCUGUGCUGGCGCCCUUCUUCCCAUCAAUGUGAACAUCUACUGCGAGGUGCUGCAUCGCUCCCUCCAAGAGGGACAAUGGCAGCAAGCGUUGCGCAUUUGUCGCCUGGCUCAGCACACGAGUCUCUGGGCCACCUUGGCUGCGGUGGCAACUCGCAAGCAUCAGCUGCAGCUGAGCGAAGAGGCUUAUUCGGCAGCGUUGCAAAUCGACAAAGUAAGCUACUUGCAGCACCUGAAGACGCUGUCGCCAUCGAGUGCCGAGCAGAUGGCUGAGAACUCACUGAUGUUGGGUCGCAUGAUGGAGGCAGAGACCAUCUUGUUGCACAAUCGCAAGUACGAUCAGGCUGUCGCCUUGGCUCUGCGCAUGCACAACUGGAAGCGGGCGCUGGAGAUUGCGCAGAAGCAUCAAGCGGAUCAGCCGGAUGUGGAGCUGUUGCAGCGUGUUCUGCAGGAGCGACAACGCUACCUUAAAGCUCUGCAGCGUGACGAAUGGGAUGCUCUUUAUAUGACUUAUGCAGCUAAGGAUGAGAAUUUAAGUGAUUAA